AGAAACAUAAUUAUAUGUUAAAACUACUGUUAACUUGGAUUUACGAAUAACUAUAGGAAGUAUGUUAAUUAAAAAUAUAUACUGUGUGCCCCUUGACAUAGGCCAUUUUGAUGUGCGUUUGGGCUUAAAGGGAUUAUUUCUUCAGGGGCAGAUAGAAGUGACUAAGAAGCUUGUAGUGUAAAACUAAUUGAAAGAUUGUCAACAAUUUCGAUUAUAUUUUUCUGCUCCUUCUCAAUAAUUUUUAAUCAAUAUUACUACUGUUAAAUUAAUGUGAAUACAGGUACUAGAGAAAUACUGUAAUUUAUAUAUUCAGUUCUUAAUCGUGAACUACAAUUGCAGAAAAAUAUUUAAUUUACGCAAACAGUUGCCUUGUGGUCCAAUUAUCAAGAAUAAAAGUGAUGGAAGAAAUAAUGGAAAUCGUGAAAGUUGAGGAUGCAGUGUUCUUAGAAGAUACAGCGCUAGAAAAUUUAUUUGAUCCAGAAAACGUACAAGAAACUAUUAUAAUGUCUGCUGAACAAGGAGAAUCCACUGACACAACAGUUAUUGCUCAUGACGGUCAAAUUAUACAAAUUAUAACAGAUUAUGAAUGUGUUACAUGUCAUCGUAUCUUUCAAUCACAAGAUAUGCUAAAGGAACAUUUAGACAUAUGUAGAGAAGAAGAUGAUUCCAACAUUUUGCAGUUAAGGAGUCUUGAGAAUUAUGAGUCAGAUGAUGAAGAGAAAGAUAAUAAUCCAGACUAUAUUAAUAAUUCCAAUAUGGAAGAUGACAGUUCUAAUAAUCAAAAAAAUUAUAAUGAUAAGCCAAUAAUUAUACCUGUACCUGAUACACAAUGUCAUUGCUGUGCUGAAGAUUUAAGCACUGCGCACAGUGGUGGUGAAUUUAAAUGUCAACACUGUAACCUAUCAUUUAAAAAGAAAUCAUCCUUAGAAAGACACAUUGUGGUAAUUCAUUGGCAGUGUGAUUCAUGUACCUGCAAAGAUUGUGGAGAAUCAUUUCGUGAUAAGAAGUCACUAAACAAACAUCGUUAUACUACUCAUGCUGAUAAAAAAAUUUUCAGAUGUGAGCCUUGCGAUACUUAUUUUUCACGAAUGUAUCAUUUAAAUCGCCAUAUAAUGCAAUCUGGAUGUCAUGGAAAUAUUCUUAAUACAUAUAGUUGUCAAGUUUGCCAAAAAAUUUUCACGCGGAAGGAUAAUUUACGUGAACAUUUACGAACUCACGCCGGAACUCCUCAAAGACAAAAGAAACCUUGUAGAUAUUGUCCUAAGGAAUUUUUUACUAACCAACAAUUGUUAAUUCACGAACGUGUACACACAGGAGAACGACCAGUUCAAUGCGAUUUAUGCCCAAAGUCUUUUCUAUCUUCUCUUGCAUUAAAGAAACAUAGACGUGUACACACAGGAGAAAAACCAUUUGAAUGCCAAUAUUGUCAAAAAAAGUUUGCUGCUCGGGAAACUUUAAAUCGUCACCAAAGAACUCAUACUGGUGAAAAACCUCAUGUUUGUCAAUAUUGCUCUAAAUCAUUUAUUCAGGCUGCUCAAUUGAGAGCACAUAUAUUUCAUCACACUGGUGAAAAUGGUUUUUACUGUGAGGUAUGUGGGAAAGCAUUUAGUAGAAAAGCUCGGUUAAAUGUUCACAAAAAAUUUGUUCAUGAAGGAGCCACCCCAUUUGCAUGUCAAAUGUGUGAAAAGAAAUUUAUAAGAAAAGAAGAUCUGGUUAAACAUGUAAUACUUCAUACAGGAGUUAAAGCAUAUAAAUGUGAUAAAUGUACAAAAGCUUUUUCUACAAAAUCUUCCUUACAAGCUCAUUUAAAUACUCAUAGACGAGAACCACCACAAUCUUGUGUUGAAUGUAAUAGGGUUUUCAUACGUCAAGAUUGUUUAAUGAGGCACAUUAAAGCAAAACACCGUGAUCUAUUAGAAGAAGUAAUGGAUGAAGUCGAAAAAAAGAAUUUACAAAUACAAUUAUAUAACAUUGCAACAGUUGCUGCAGAGAAAACAAAGAAAGGAGAGUCUACUCAAUUUUCCACUGAAGAAUUGUUAAAAGCCAUAGCUGAUCUUUUGAAAAUAUUAAUUGAUGAUGAUACUCUUCAGCUCUUUGGUUGGCCUGAUGCCCCUAUUGAAGAUAUUGUACAAGCUGUAAUUAGACGAUGUGGGCAUGAACCAUUAACAUCAGAAUGUAGAUUACCUUUUGAUGAAAGAUUAAGGGAAAACAUAAAGUGUUUAUUUAUGGUUGUUAUAGAAGAUAAUAUGGUAAAAUCACUUUUAACAAGAAAGACAAUAGAUGACGUAAUUGUACAUAUUUUGAAACUUUCAAAGGAAGCAAAUUUAUAGUUAUGAAGAAGAAAUAAUUAUUAACUAAGUUUCUAUUUACA